AUACAUACAUACAACUUGUUCCUGCUAUAACAUAAUAAUAACUAUACUUUAUACUAUACUUUCUGUUUCUUCUCUAUUCAGUUUUCUUCUAUUCUUUCUUACCUUUGAAGAUUAUAUUAAUUUCAUUUCCAUGUAAGUAAGUUUCAUAGAUCACACUUUUUUUUUUCCUAUUUUUUCUUUAAAUUUAAUUCACUCCUCCACCUCCUGCUUAAUUUUGUUAUUAUUAUUUUAUUAAUGUAUGCUCUAAAUUAUAUUUGAUGAUUCACCUGUUUGUUUCUAAAUUGUAAAUUAUCUAUCUUUAAUUUUCAUGAAACAUGCAAUAAUAAUUAGUAAAUGGUAGAGACUUGGGGAGCUAAAUUAUUAUAGAUAUUAAUUUGGUUCAUGAAAGUGUUAAUUUUUAAUCUCAAGAAUUUUCUAAGAUUGGGUAGGACAAAUGUUUUUUUUUAUAGCUAUAUGAAAUUAAGGAUAAGUUGAUUUUAGGUGUUUAAUUAGCAUUGGUAUAAUGCUGCUGGGUUUUAUGGAUUAGGAUAAUGAUAAUUUGUUAAGUUUGUUAUUAUUAAUUGACAUUGCUUUGGUGUGUUCUUCAAUCUUGGACCACUUUCUUAAUAAUUUAUUUAGUUUUUUGGGAAGGUUUUGGUGAGAAUAAGUUAAAGAAAGGAUAAGUUUUUGUGGUAAUUGGGUGUAGAUGAAGACCAUAUGUUGAAGGUUGUUUGUAUCUUUGACUUUGAUUUUUAUGUUCAUUUGGGAUAAGAUUGUGUUCAUUGGUUUUUUAGUUCAUUAACCAAGUGGUUAACGAACUUUAAUAAAAGUCGAAUUGGUCGAGAGUACUCAAGUUUAAACUUUGCUUUUAACAAUAUUUGAUCAGACUUUACUUUACAUACAUUCCAACCAAACUCCGGAUUACCAGGUCCCCCUUUCCGGUAGAAAGUGGAAAUUGGUGACUUAAGGCUAAAAAAUAUUGUUAACAGCUAUACAUAGGAAGUAGGCAAAAAAAUAUUGGUAGCAUUCACUUUGUUAUGUGAUUACGGGAGAAACGGCUGAGGUGGUUUGAUUCAAUCACUAUGGAAUCCUGCAAUUGUAUUGAGCCACAAUGGCCAGCUGAUGAUUUAUUGAUGAAAUACCAAUAUAUCUCUGAUUUCUUCAUUGCCCUUGCGUAUUUCUCAAUCCCGCUUGAGCUUAUCUACUUUGUGAAGAAAUCAGCGGUAUUUCCGUAUAGAUGGGUCCUUGUUCAGUUUGGUGCUUUCAUAGUUCUAUGUGGAGCAACACAUCUAAUUAAUUUAUGGACCUUCACAAUUCAUACAAAAACCGUGGCAAUUGUAAUGACCAUCGCUAAGGUUUUAACUGCGGUGGUAUCAUGUGCCACUGCCCUUAUGCUUGUACAUAUUAUUCCCGAUCUAUUAAGUGUUAAAACUAGGGAAUUAUUUUUGAAGAACAAGGCUGCUGAGCUUGAUAGAGAAAUGGGCUUGAUUCGUACGCAGGAAGAAACUGGUCGACAUGUUAGGAUGUUGACUCACGAGAUUAGAAGUACUCUCGAUAGACAUACAAUACUGAAAACGACUCUUGUUGAACUCGGAAGAACUCUUGGGCUAGAGGAAUGUGCCUUAUGGAUGCCGACACGUACCGGGUUGGAGCUUCAACUCUCUUACACAUUGCGACAGCAGAACCCUGUUGGAUAUACAGUACCUAUUAAUCUUCCUGUUAUAAACCAAGUAUUUAGUAGCAACCGUGCAAUUAAAAUUUCAUCGAAUUGUCCAGUUGCUAGAUUACGGCCUCAUGCUUCAAAGUACAUGCCUGGGGCUGUAGUUGCUAUUCGGGUGCCUCUCCUACAUCUUUCUAAUUUUCAAAUAUAUGAUUGGCCUGAGGUUUCAACUAGAAGCUAUGCUUUGAUGGUUUUGAUGCUUCCAUCUGAUAGUGCUAGACAGUGGCAUGUACAUGAGUUAGAGCUGGUUGAGGUAGUUGCUGAUCAGGUAGCUGUUGCUCUUUCGCAUGCUGCAAUCUUAGAAGAGUCAAUGAGGGCAAGGGAUCAACUUAUGGAGCAGAAUGUUGCACUUGAUAUGGCAAGAAGAGAAGCAGAAACUGCAAUUCAUGCUCGUAAUGACUUUUUGGCCGUUAUGAAUCACGAGAUGAGAACACCGAUGCAUGCAAUUAUUGCACUCUCUUCAUUAUUACAGGAAACCGAUAUGACUGCUGAACAACGUCUGAUGGUGGAAACAGUAUUGAAAAGCAGCAAUUUAUUGGCUACGCUCAUCAACGAUGUUUUGGAUCUUUCACAGCUUGAAGAUGGAAGUCUUCAACUUGAAAUAGCAAAAUUUAACCUUCAUUCAUUGUUUAGAGAGGUUCUUAACUUGAUUAAGCCUAUUGCAUGUGUUAAAAAGCUGUCACUCACUUUACAUUUCACAUCAGAUUUACCGGUAUAUGCAAUUGGUGAUGAAAAGCGUCUCAUGCAAACUCUUCUCAAUGUUGUUGGUAAUGCCGUUAAGUUCUCAAAAGAGGGUAGCAUUUCCAUCACUGCAUUUGUUGCAAAGCCUGAAUCCUUCAGGGACACUAGAUUUCCUGACUUCUUACCAGUACCAAGCGAUAGCCAUUUUUAUUUGCGAGUACAGGUAAAAGAUUCUGGAUCAGGAGUCAAUCCACAAGAUAUCCCAAAGUUAUUCACUAAGUUUGCACAAAAUCAGUCAUUAGCGACAAAAAAUCCUCUCGGAAGUGGGCUUGGCCUUGCAAUUUGUAGAAGGUUUGUGAAUCUCAUGGAAGGGCAUAUUUGGAUUGAAAGUGAGGGUAUUGGUAAAGGAUGUACAGUCACUUUUAUUGUAAAACUCGGAAUCCCAGACCGAUCAAAUGAAUUUAAACUACCUUACAUACCUAAAGCUCUAGUAAAUCAUGCAUCUUCAAACUUUUCCGGCCUAAAGGUUCUCGUCAUGGAUGAUAAUGGGGUGAGCAGGACAGCGACUAAGGGACUUCUUAUGCAUUUAGGAUGCGAUGUCACAAUUGCAAGCUCGAGUGAAGAAUGCUUGCGUGUUGUUUCUCCGGAACACAAAGUGGUCUUCAUGGAUGUUUGUACAGGGUUAGAUGGUUAUGAAUUAGCGGUUCGUAUACAAGAGAAGUUCAUGAAACGUCAAGAUAGACCACUAAUAGUUGCUCUCACUGGAAACACCAACAAGUUGACCAAAGAGAAUUGUAUGAGAGCUGGUGUCAAUGGCCUUGUUUUGAAACCUGUUUCUGUUGAGAAGAUGAAAGGUGUUUUAACAGAGCUCUUGGAGCGUCGGUUUGUGUUUGAAACAAUUUAAACUACCAUAAUGUCUUUCUUUUUUUUUCUUUUUAUGGUAAACUGCCAUAAUGUCUGUUCCUACUUCCUUUUGUGAAAAACUUUUGUUGUACAUAGCAAAACUGAAUCAUAUAGCAGAGAUGCAAAUUUAUGAUGUAACAAAAGCACUCAUGAAAAGCUGUAAAGGAGGCCCUACCCUAGAGUCUGGAUUGGUAAAUCCAUUUUUGUGAACGAAGUUCAUAUAUAAACAUUCAUUUUUGUAUCA